AUGGAUGCUGAAGACAAAGACCGUCGGCUCCGGCCUCACAAGAGGGCGUACACGGAUCUCCCAGAAGACUUCGAGUAUGUCACCCUCUUCCAUCGUGCAUGCAUCACGUUAGCUGACAGUGCGGCUUCCAGCUUCACAUCACAGCAAGUCACCAUCGUCGUUGGUGCCGACUCCGAAGAUGAACUGAGGGCUUUCUACGCCCACGAGAAGAUACUGGCCAAGAACUCCGAUUUCUUCGCCGCGGCACUUCGCGGCCUUUGGACUGAGUCUAAGGAACACAUUGUCAGACUCCCAGACCAAACUCCCGGGAGCUUCGAGCUCUUCCUACGCUUCAUCUACCGAGGAGACAUUCGCAAGCGGGCGGAUUAUGGCUUCGAAUAUGCCGAUACUAGCUAUGCGGAACUCAUGGUCCGCUGCUGGGCUCUGGGCGAAAAGAUGCUCUGCACUGCUUUCCAAGACGCUGUGAUGGAUGCGCUUCAGGAGGAAAUAUUCCGACUACCCGCGACGCCUGAUGAGCUGCACGAGCCUAUCUACUCGUUCACAUCCACGCCGAAUGCCCUCAGUCGACUUUGGGUGGACAUCGCCUUCUUCGAGUGGAAUCAUAGAGACUUGAGAGAGAUGGUGGAUCCUGCGAAACAUGGCGAGUUCCUGCUGCACUUGGCGGGAAAGCUGCUCAACUCGACGCAUCAAGACCGUCAGAACGUCCCACCUUAUGAUAGGGUCACGGGCUGCGACUACCACGAGCACGUGAAGAAAGGCCUGCCGUGCUACAAGUAA